AUGAUGAAGCUCUUCGCCAUUCUGUGCCUGCUGCUCUUCAACCUUGGGGUGGCUUCCCGCCACCGCUCCCGCUCCCAGGAGGAGAAGGGCAAGAAGUCCUCUGUGGGUGCUGGGUUAACUCCCGGAAGCAAGGACUUUGUCUUCAACCUCUACAUGGCCUUGGCUUCUGAAGCCCCUGGUCAGAAUGUCUUCUUUUCUCCCAUGAGCGUGGUCAUGAGCCUAAGCCUGCUCUCUCUGGGGACUGGCCCCCGCACUAAGACCCAGAUCCUGGAGGGCCUGGGCCUCAGCCUCCAGCAAGAGGACGAGUUCCACAAGUUCUACCAACAGCUUAUGAAGAGGUUCAGCCAGCUUACAAAUGGUCUCCAGCUGAACCUGGGAAGUGCCCUUUUUACAGACCCAGCAGUACGUAUUCAGCACAGCUUCCUGAGUACCAUGAAGACGCUGUACAUGGCAGAUACUUUCUCUACCGACUUUGGGAACCCUGAAAUGACUAAGAAGCAGAUCAAUGACUAUGUGGCCAAGAAGACCAAAGGCAAUAUUGUAGACUUGAUCAAGGAUCUCGACAGCACCCAUGUCAUGGUGUUGAUAAAUUACAUCUUCUUCAAAGCCAAGUGGGAGACAGCCUUCAGUGACCAAAACACCCACCAGAAAGAUUUCCAUGUGACCCCCAAGGAGACCAUACAGGUGCCCAUGAUGAACCGUAAAGAUGAGUACUACUAUAUCCUGGACCAAAGUAUUUCCUGCACGGUGGUGAGGAUCCCUUACCAAGGCAAUGCCAGUGCUCUGUUUAUUCUCCCCAGCGAAGGCAAGAUGCAGCAGGUGGAGAAGGGCCUGAACGGGAGAGCACUGAUGAACUGGCUUACUACAGCCAGAAAGAGACAGUUGAACCUUUACCUCCCCAAGUUCUCCAUUGAGGGCACCUAUCAACUGGAGAAAAUACUCCCCAAGCUGGGCAUUAGGGACAUCUUUACUACCCAUGCUGACCUGUCUGGCAUUACUGACUACCCCAAUAUCAAGUUGUCUGAGAUGCUGCACAAAUCCGUGGUGAAGGUAGACGAGUCAGGAACCAUAGCGUCUGCUGCCACAGGAGAGCUCUUUACAUUCAGAUCUGCUAGACCGGUGACCCUGAAGAUAGAAUUCAACAGACCCUUUCUGUUUGCCAUUGAAGAGAACAUGCAUCUCCUUUUCCUUGGCCGAGUGGUUCAGCCCAGAGGUGGGAGGGACUCUUUCUGA